GCUCACUAGAGAAGAUCUUUAUUCUCAGCAUCUGUUAGAGAAGCGUGUGUGAAGUUAGUUAACAGACGGACGUGUCUUGGAGGAUGAAGCUGCUCCAUGGACUGAUCCUGGCUGCAGCUGUCCUGCUUCUGGCUGCAGGACACAGUGUGAAAUCUGGAUGUGACAUCUACGACCUCAGUAAAAACAAUAAUGUGUGCUGCACAAAGUGUAAUCCAGGAAACCGUCUCGUCAUUCGUUGUGGUCCAGAUCCAAAAGAUUUGUGUACUCCCUGUGAAAAAGACAACUUUGUCACAGAAACAUUAUCACAGAGUUGUCAGAGAUGUACUCAAUGUACAGGUAACAUGCAGGUGAAGGUGAACUGCACCGCCAGCAGCGACACAGUUUGUGAGUGUAAACCGGGACAUCAGCCCUUUGGAAAAGGUUGUGAGCCGUGUCCUCCAGGGACGUACAAUGACAAGAGCCAUCAAUACUGUGUGAAAUGGAGCAAAUGUACGGGGCCAGGUGAUAAAAUAAUUGCUCCAGGAAAUGCAUACAGAGAUGUAACCUGUGCCCAUAAACCAGACACCAAAACAAAUGACCUAGAAACCAAGUUCAUUGCUAUUUUCAUCGUCUUUGCGCUCAUCUGCAUAGCGGUACCUACUGCUACAGUCCUCUUCUUAGAGUGGAGGAAAGGAAAAGCCACUCGUAAAUCCCAUGUUGAAAAGGAAACUCUUACAGAAGGAGGACAGACUCAAACAUCUCUUCUUAAUGAGCCCAGCUUCUGUUUUCCUCAGCAAGAACAUGGCGGCAGCAGUCAGAGUUCGACAGCCUCGCUGGUCUCGCAAGAUAUCGGGCCUUUGGUAGCAUGAAGUUGUGUUGUGUAGCAAGCUGAACAUAAACGAGUAUUCAUUUGUAGUUAUAUGCAGAUAUGUAUAAUGUGUAUGUAAUGUGUAAUUUAUUUACUGUAUACUACUGGAAUCCUGUCCUUAAAACUGUAUUCAUGACAUUUGUGACAUUUUGUUGCCAUUAAAGCAGCUGAAGUAUUUAAUAAUGUAUUUUGUUUUCAUAUUACAGCCAUGUUCCGAAACAAUGCAUUUUGUACCUAAAUUGUUUACUGCUAAGAACUUGCCCAAAAUGUGCUCAUGUGACUUUUAUUUUAAAAGCAUGUAAGAUGUUAACACUUAUUACAAAAAGAGAAAAAUAAAUCUAGAAU